AUGCGGUUUAAUUUACGAAGACUGAUUAUAAUAACUAUUGCAUUAGUAGCAUUAUGGUAUCUUGUAUUACAUUCAUCGCUGUUAGAAGCUCCAAGUUCUGUCUCACCACGGCAUCGCGUGGUUGAUAUAGAGAAUAGAAUUAAUAAACUACAGCUCCAGAUGAACCAACAAUUAACAGAUAGUAACAAUUUGCUGGAUAAAGUCAAACUUCAUUUGAAAAAAAAAGACCAUAUCUCGAAGGAAGUGGCAAAAGAUACAAUUCAAAAUGAAUUGGAUGUUGAAAGCAUUUCAAAUCCAAUUUUACCCGUGCUGGUCAUAGCAUGCGAUAGAAUCACGGUGAAGCGUUGCCUGGACAACUUAGUCAAGUUCAGACCCAGCAAGGAAAUAUUCCCUAUAAUAAUAAGUCAAGAUUGCGGUCACAACGCAACAUUGCAAGUAUUGAAAAGCUUCACUGAAUAUGAUCCCACCAUCAAUGUUGUUCUGCAACCGGAUCUCUCAGAAAUCCGGCUGCCACGCGCCAAAGUCAAGUUUAGGGGUUACUACAAGAUAGCGAGACAUUACCGGUUCGCGCUGAACCACGUACUGAACACCCUGGGCCACGAGGCUGUUAUAAUUGUGGAAGAUGAUCUCGACAUAUCGCCAGACUUCUUUGAAUAUUUCCUGGGUACAUAUCCAUUGCUCCAUAAGGAUCCUAGCAUAUGGUGCAUAUCGGCGUGGAACGACAAUGGUAAAAAGGAGGUAAUAGAUUUGUCCAGACCUGAAUUACUACACAGGACCGAUUUCUUCCCUGGACUGGGCUGGGUGCUUCGUAGAGAAACGUGGUUAGAGCUUGAACCAAACUGGCCAGAAGCGUUUUUUGACGACUGGUUACGUGAUCCAGAAAACACACAGGGUCGAGCGUGUAUAAGACCUGAAAUAUCUCGCACGUAUUCCUUUGGGAAGAUUGGCGUGAGCAAAGGCUUAUUCUUUGAUAUGCACCUUCGCUAUAUGCACCUUAAUGCGGAAUUUGUGGAGUUUACUAAACUUAACCUCACAUAUUUGCUCAAGGACGUCUACGACGAGGCGUUGACAUCGACGGUGUAUUCGCUCCCGGAGAUGUCCGCUGACGAAGUGAUAUCCAGUGCUGGAGACAUGGCGGUCAGAGUGCCCUACUCUAACGCCAAGACCUAUCAGAAGGCGGCCAAGAAACUUGGUCUCAUGGACGACUUCCGAAGCGGGAUACCACGCACUGCUUAUCGGGGUAUAGUGACGUGUUACGUUCGCGGCCGGCGAGUGUACCUCGCACCCGACUUCCCAUGGACUAAAUACGACCCCGCAUGGGGGUAG